CAGAGGACGGAAGCUCCAAAGUCAUAUGAUCGAUUCGUGACAGAGCUCGUCGUUCUCCACUCGCAAAGAUGGCCAGCCAGACGCAGGGUAUCCAGCAGCUUCUGGCUGCCGAGAAACGCGCCGCGGAGAAGGUCUCGGACGCUAGGAAACGCAAGGCACGUCGUCUAAAACAGGCUAAGGAGGAGGCUCAGGAUGAGAUUGAAAAAUAUCGACAAGAACGAGAAAAACAGUUCCGUGACUUUGAAGCCAAGCAUAUGGGUUCAAAAGAGGAUGUAGCUGCACGUAUCGAGGCAGAUACACGAAUCAAGAUAGAAGAAAUGAAUCAGACGGUUGCUGUGCACAAAAACACAGUCAUGCUUAAAAUCUUGGACUUGGUAUAUGACAUUAAGCCUGAACUGCAUAGCAAUUAUCGCAUUGAGGUCUAAGCCACAAGGAUUGCAUCCAAAUAGCUAUAAAUAUACAUCUUACGCUAUAAAUGUACAUUAAAUAUUACUGUUCAUCAUAUCUUAAUAUGUAUUUAUCGCUGUUAUAUCGACAUGUUAUAUUUUAUCGGAAAAAACUAUAUACAAUGUAGCUGUAGACACAGUGAUACUCAAACUAUAAUUAGACUCUUCUUCUUUUUCUGCAGUUGCUACACGACAAUAAAUGUAAUCGUAUUGUUAUUAUCGCUGAGCUUUUCACCGGCACGUAUGCACACAGUUUGAGAAUUACUGUAAUGUAGUUGCAUCGUAACAAAAAGAAAAGACCAAAAAAAAAUGAGUAAUCCACGAGCGUAUUCAACAGAGAGUACGAUUGACCCGAUGUGUCAAGGCCUAGACAUGUCGGGACGAUGUACAACUGUUACAUACGAUUAAAACGAUUUAAGGUGGUGGUAAUGAAUUGUAUAUCGUUCAGUGUAUGCCAUUAGAUGUCAUUCCAUAAUUCUGUCGCAUCGAGGACGCACGAUGAGAUUUUCUCUACAGCCUCUCGCGGUUCACGGACACGCUCCCAAUCGACGGUGGACCACGCGACGAUGUAGCAACGUUCAAACUUCUCUUAAUUUUUUAAUGGGAACAUUUAAAGUCUCUAUUGACCCUGCAAAACGGACAUCUUUGCCUCAUAUGUAUACCCUCGUCUUUGUAAGCUGGUUGGUUGUCUGUACAGUAUUAGUGUCCAAAAUAACAAAAAAAAAAAAAAGAGAAAAACC